AUGGCAGACACCGUCAUGCCUAUCAUUUCACAAACGCCUAACAUGGCGCCAACCGACGAAGACGAGGCUGCUGCAGAGUGUGAUGAGCCUCCAGGUUGUCGAGUCAGAGGCACUACCGUCAGAUCCCAUUCCCACGAACACGCCCCGACCUCCAACAGCAAGUCCUCCAUCAGCGUCAACACCUCCAGACCCAAACUCGCAAAGGAGUCACUCCUCACUCGAGCCCUGCUCAGCAGCCCCGAGCUCUCCCCGGCUGAUCGUCCAGCUUCCGGCAUUACCUGGAGAAACGUCCCGGCUUUCUCUAUCAACCCUAACCACAGCGGCCCUUCAACUGCCGAACUCACCAGUGACGGUGAGAUGACCACUCCUCCUCGAUCGACCACGCCUUCACCACCUCCUCCAACACAGUUCACCCGUCCUCCAUGGGUUACCGCCGAACCUACCUCUAAACCCGUCUCUCCAGUUGAUGAACACGAGUUGAAGCUGGAAGCUAACUUGGGCCGCAAACGAUGCAUUACCUUUGCCUGUGCCAGCAAGAUUGAUCCUGUCGAACAUACCCAGAGUGAGCCCAUGGCUGCAGAGCCUCCCAAGCGGAAAUCGACAAUUAAGUUUGCCUGCCCUGCCAGACCACGAGACGUGGAUGUCGAUAUCAAGGCCCAGCAACACUCUUCGAGAAAACCUUCUGCCGGUACUCGGGGCAGCCGAUCACCUGCUCCCAUGAGUUUACAAUCCAGGUACAAGGCCAAAUCCCUCGAACUAUCCCAGACACCGGGACCGAAACCCUUUGAGCCCUCAGCUACGACUGGUUCGUUGAAGGUGACUGGGCUAGGGAAGUUUGAGUUGUCCGACGCCACCCGAUUCCAGGAAUUCGGAAGCUCUCUGGAGGAUGAAGAUUGGCUGAACGAAUCAUCGGAUUACAAACAGAAGAUGACUGUGAAUGACUGUAUGCGCAAGGAGAAUGUUAUUCGCAAGUUGGGGGAGGAAGUUGAGGCUGAAGCGCAGGAAGAGGCGGAGGAAGCAGAGAAUGACGACGACGACGAUGAGAAUGAUGAUGAUGAGGAGGAGGAUGAUGAGAACAACGGCGAUGAAGAUGAAGAUGAAGAUGAUGAAGACGAGGACGAGGACGAGGACGAGGAUGAAGAAGAUGAGGAUGAUGGAAACCAAGACUUGUCGGAUGAUGGAAAUGAGACAGACAAUGAAGCAGGAUUUGGUUCUUCGGAUGAUGACGGGGAAUCAGACUAUGCAUUCUGGACUCCCAUCACCACCGCAGCGACCUCGCACUCCGACAUCACCGUUAUGCCACCGCCCAUGAAGUGGAAAGAGUCUCACGGAUCCAUCGAAUCUCUCGCCAGCCCCAGCCCGCUGGACACCGCUCCUCGCUUUGAGCCAAAGCGUGCUGCCCUUGCCAAGGAGAAGAAGCCAAAGUCGACCGCUCCCAGCCUUCCUGACAGUACCGACUUUGUCUGUGGAACCCUGGAUGAAGACCGCUCCAUCGAGGUCGCCUACAUCUCCCAUAUGGAGGAGCGUCGACGCCAGAAACAUAUUCCCAUCCCUCAGGACAUCGAUCCCAGCUUCCCUACCUCUGACAUCGAGGAUGAGGACGACGAUGAUGCCGACGAUGACGUGUCUGCCAACCCAACAGCUACUCGCAAACAACAGGCCAACGACGACGACUCUGCCGAGCCGCCUCGCGGACGUCGAUCCAGCCGAACAACUAUCGAGAAGACUUCAAAGGCAGUAGCACACUCCCCUCGCAAACUUUUUGGGCACUCUCCUCGUCGCCUCCGCUCCCCUCCACCGCCUGCCCGUCUACGCUCUCCGCCUCCUUCUCGCCGAACAUCUCUCAUCAACCCUCCAAAUAUUGGUACCGGUCCUGCAGCAAAAAGGAUAGCAAUCGCCCUUGCUCAACGACCAAACCGCACCCGUACUUCUUCUCUUCCACGAACACCUAACCCCUUCUUCGCCCGUGGCUACUCUUCCAACAUCUACAAACGCACCUCUCGCUCCCCAUCUCCCUGCCCAAAGGCAUCCACCAAAACCAAAACCAGUCCCACCCACACCCGUGGACCAAUCGACAUUGUUGCUGGCCUUGAGAAGAAAAGACAAAAGCGCAAAGAGAAAUUCUGGCGCCAACACUGUCGCCGUGCUGCAAAGGACCAAAUCAACUCGCGUGACAAGAUGGUCCCCGGCCAAGGCGCAGAGCGGAUGAAAGAGCUUGGCAUCGAAGUCGCUGAGAGAUUCAGGGCUUACGGUGUCGGUGUCAACGGUGGAAACGGACCAAAACUCGUCCUCUCGAUAUAA